GCAAAACUUUUACUUUCUACAAUUUCCAGAAGACCUCUAUCGACAACACAUCAAUCAAUAUUAUCGUCUCAGCAAAUCGAAUCGAAGCCAAGAUGUUUGUCGAUUACACAUUGCGAGUGAUUGCUCUAGUCUUUCUGUUGAACGUAUUGGAAGUUGAACCACAAAACGUUGACCCGUUUUGCUAUGGCAAGCCUGGUGGGUUUCACGCCGAUCCCAACAACUGCCUGAUGUACUACAACUGCGAUGACGGGAUACCAAGACACUACACCUGCCCAGCUAACGAGGCCUUUGAUUCGAACCAACUCAUUUGUACUGCGGCACAAUACUCCGCGUGCACAGGUGCUGUUGUGGCUCAGACAGCGGCACAAUUCUGCACUGGUAAAACUGCCGGCUUCUACCCUCACCCGAAUUUUUGCGACAAAUUCUACCAGUGCAACAGUGAUGGUACAGAAACGGUUCAUCUGUGCUACUCUGGAUUAGGGUUCAACAGUGCAACGGGGUCAUGUGACGAUACCAUUGCCUGUUAAUAAGUACAUAGGCUUAGCUGUUGAGCCCGGAGUGUUUUGUGCGAACACAAUUUACUGGACAAUGAAAACUUAAUUUGUCCAAAAGGAAAUUUGUUGCUUUGAAAAAGCUCAUACAAAUAGAAAAUAUAAGUAACAGGCGCAUUAAAACAUAAAUAUAGUUACGGUAUAAUUAUAUAUUGCAAAAUACUUAAAGAGUUGACCUAUAGGCAUUUAUACAUUACACAUAAAGUAAUUAUUUUUUAAUAGUUUGAACAUUGAAACGUUUAGAUAAUAUAUAAUUGAAUUAAGUUGACAUAUUAUUAGCCGUUGAAAGUAAGAAAUAAAAAUAAUUACAAAUAUCCUAAUUUCAAAUCGUUUAAAAUACUUUACAGGUUAAAAUUGAAUUAAAAUCUACUAAAAGUUAGAUUGAACAGUUUAUUGCAUUGAAUUGCAAAUUUUACAAAAACGAAGUUAAAAAGACAUUUGAAUCGUUAAACAUGCAUUGUUAAACCCGGGCACUCACUGCGUCGUACGACGAAUUCAACUCCGCCCUCCGUGAGCGAUAGACGACGCGACGCCGUCUGGUGAUUAUCGGUGGUAGUCUUAACGGAUCGUCAUUAAAAACGAUCCGUUGCGCGCACAUCGUCGCGUUGCGUUCUUUAUAGAAUCGCGUCGGCCGACUACCGUCGUGCGCAUGUGAGUCCCCGGCUUAACCAUGCAUGGGCACCAUUGAUCUCUAUUAUAGUAGAGAUCAGUGAUGGGAACAAUAGCUAAAAUGCCUAUGGAGGUUAUAUUAUUUGGCGCAUAUACUAUUUCGUUGCUAUAUUUCCAAUGUAGGCCAACAGUUGCGUUUCUUGGAUUAUUGAAGAGGCUGAAGGGGAGUGGCGAAGACUGAAGUGGGGGAUCCUGUGAUUAGAUAUUGGGCGCUACUUGAGCAUGAUUGAUGGCUUCGUAAGUUUUCAAUAGGGACGACGCAACCCUAUGCGCCACUGGUGAGAUACUAAAUGUGUUGGUUGGAUAAACGUUUUUUGUCGCACUGGCGGCUGCAGAUUCUGCUUCUUCAUUAACGUUCAAAAUUUAUUAUAUUAUCACAAAACUACUUUGUAAUUUGCUAUGGGUAUUGUCCUAAAUAAAUUUACGUUAGAAAAUAGGCCUAA